ACUCCACCGCUGCUCCGCCUCAAUCCCCAGGUCGAGUCCGCUUUCCUCUUGCCCAACGCCCGGCAUAGAGCUUUCCCAUAACUUUUGUAAUAAACAAACAGAGAGCUUGACUCCUACCUCCUUAUCUUUUCCCCCACCACACUCCCUGCACACCCACAACUCAGCCAAAAUGUCUGCCGUCGAAUCCCAGAAGCCUGUCGAGGUCCCCGUUGCGGGCGCCACUGAGACUGUGCCCGCACCAGUCGAGCCCGUUAAGAUUGACGUGCCCGUUGAGGAGGCAUUCAAGACGGAGGAGCCCAAGACUGAGGGCGAGGCCGCAGUUGCUGCCGAAGAGAAGAAAGACGAGAAGGUCGAGGCCAAGCCUGCUGAGCCCAUCUACAACGGCGCUCUCGGCUACAAGGCACCUGGUCUCAAGAACGCAUUCCGCUUCUCCAAGAAGUACUUCUGGUUCGGCGAGGAGGCUGUUCCCGCCACCAACUUGAGGGAGUACCUCCGUGGCGAGAAGCCCGAGGUUGCCCACCCCGUUGCCGCAUGGUCCAGCCAGACCGGAAAGGGUCUGCUCUACUUUGUUAAGCACGCCGACCAGAAGGAGCACCCCGCUGGUGUACUCAACUUGGCCUACGCCACCGACCUCCACAAGGACGGUGCCGACGCCUUCGCUUUCAAGAUCUCUGGCUCCAAGCACGCCUUCGAGGCUCAGACCACUGCCGAGCGCGAUGGCUGGUACCUUGCCGUCGAGAAGGCCAUCGUUGACGCUAAGGAGGCCAAGGAGGGAAUCGAGUCCAGCGAGGGCUACAAGGAGCAGAAGGAGAAGAUUGGCAAGCCCACCACCCUAGCGGCCGCUACCGCCUCCACUCCCAAGAAGAGCACCGACGCUACCCCCAAGGCGGCUGAGACUGAUGCGCCAGUUGCCGCUGGUGACGAGGCUGUCGUUGCCGCCCCUGCCCGCACUGGCUCAUCCUCCAGCAGCUCUUCUGACGAGGAGAAGAAGGCAAAGAAGACCAAGUCCAAGUCUCGCUCUGCCUCCCGCAAGCGUGCUUCCCUCUUCGGUGGUCUUCUCGGAAAGAAGGACAAGGCUGAGGAGAAGAAGGAUGAGGCUGAAUCGUCCAAGGCGCAGCCUGAGGCCGUGAAGGAGGAGACUCCCGUCGUCCCGGUCACUGAGACUUCCACCACUGCACCUGUCAUCACCCAGGAGAUCCCCGAGGCCAGCCAGGAGAUCAAGACCGAUGGUGUCCCUGCCACCACUGAGGAGGCAAAGACUGAGGAGACUGCUGUCAAGGCUGUCGAUGAGAAGCCCAAGCCAACCAAGCGUGGCAGCAUCUUCGGCUCCUUCUUCGAGAAGGUCAAGAGCCCCACCUCCGAGAAGAAGGAGGCCGACCUUGUCCCAUCUCCUAUCGCAAAGGACACGGAGGCCGACAAGGACGCCUCCAAGCCCCUUGAGGAGGCCCAGGUUGCUGUUCCUGCCACCGUCGAGCCUGUCUCGGAGCCCACUGCCGUCAAGACCGAUGAGGCUAAGCCUGCCGCGUCUACCCCCGUCCGCGAGAAGCAGCACUUCCAGUUCGGAAAGCUCUUCGGCAACAAGGACCGCUCAAAGUCCCCUGCCGCCACCGACAAGGUUGCUGAGCCCACCAAGGUCGACGCUGUUGCCCCUCAAAUUGAGGAGACCCCAGUCACGGCUUCCACUGAGCCCACCGAGCCCGUUGUUGUAGCUCCCGUCACCGAAGCUAAGGCUGAGCCAGUCGCAGCUGAGAAGAAGGAGAAGCGUAGCUCCAUUUUCGGUUCGCUCGGUCGCUCCCUGAGCAAGGCCGCCAAGGGCAAAGACCCCAAGGACUCCAAGAAGGAGACCACCACUCCUACCACCGUCCCUGAGACUGCUGAGCCCAAGGAGGAGGCCGUUGUCGCCCCCACUGAGGAGAAGAAGGAUGACGUCCCAGUUGUCCCCGCCACCACCGAGCAGACCAUUGGUGAUGUCACCCCCGGAGCCGUCAACGUGGGCGAUUCUUCGAAAAGUGCCCCAGUUGCUACAACUGCAUAAGAAGGUAUGGUGGGACGAAACCGCCUUACUCAACGACAGCCAUGAAGGAAUGAUGGAAAAGCAAAGAUAUCGCAAAUCCCUCCUCUGACCGCACGGCCGCUCACCUCUGAUACCCCCAAAAUCUUGCUCUGAAUCUACUCCGUUGGUUCAAGCACAUACUUUGGAUCGAGCUUUCCAUACAACGCCUCUCAUACCCGAAAUGUUUUUCCCAUCUGACCAACUCGUCGUCGCUCAUUCCUCUGGGUCAGGAAUCAGAGCGGCAUUGGCAAGUUGUCAGUGCUCAUGCUCGGUUUCUUGUCCUUAGAUUGAUACCACUUUGCAAUUGUUUUUCUCCUUUUGAUACCACUGUUGGGUCUUGGACGCACUGCCUGUCGCUUUUUAUAUCCUGUUUUUAUCGCGCAAUACCCCCUGAUACCCUCUGCGUACAUCCUUAUUAGGAUAUGUACACAAGCGGCCACUAGGGCACCCAAGACGUAAUAAUUAGUAAUUGAGUCUGGUUCUCUAGAAA